UAUACUUGCAGAAAUGCCUGCAACAAUUAUUCGAUGUGCGCGGCGCAGUUUAUGAUUUCGGUGAGCAGCUGCAACUCGAAAAUACAGAUCAUUGGCCUACACAGGAAUUAUGCCAGAGCACAGCAGAUCACACACAUGCACAUGUACGCAACGCAUAUUUCUAUCUGUAUGUAUGCAGGUAAAGACAACUACAACUACAGGUAGAUUUCCAUUUCCCGGACUCCGCGUCUGCAUCAUCAACCCCUAAAUUGUGAGGGAUGGCUGUACGUCCAAGGAUGUUGCAGCUGUUGCAAGGUGAUUUCCAAGUAUACAUACAUUCGUACAGACAUGCAACCGAAGAACAUUCAUAUGUUUGUAUGUAUGCAUUCAUCUGCCGAUACAAACACGAGGUGCGCCCUAAAAGUUUGGACAUUUGCGAUUCUUGUCAAAAGCUUUUGGGACCAUAGGAACUUUCCCAAUAUAAGCAGAAGCUACUCAUACUUCUCAUAUUGAAUUUGAUGCAGGUUAUUGAAGGACUAUAUAUAAGAUCCUUGCAAUUAUGGUCCCCGACAGUAUGGAGUGCAAAACCAAACCACUUCCAAUAAGAAGUUUUCCAAAACUUGGUCUUAGUCUAGAAUUUGAUGCCAGUCGGAAACUGUACGAGUCCAAAAGGGCCUGGCGUCUCACACAGAAAGCAUUUCCGGUCGUCAAGGUCGCGUUCCCAGUGUUAAAUGGAAGGAAUUUCGGACGUCAUGUUCGCUACGCCGCAGUCCCAAACAUUUGGUUUGGUUUUCCUUGAGUUUUUAGUCCCGCCUCAGGUACAUGUGGAUGGCCUUCAAAGAACGACUAAAUAUAAUGAAAAUACUCAAGUAUUAGGCGUAUUUUUACGACUUCAUUUGUGUAAUCCUUUGAUUAACUUAUUGGACUCACCUCGUCGGGCACAAGUAUUUGCAGCGAUGCCCACUUCUAUAAGGAACUCGAUAUACCCUGUACUCGAGCAUUUGCUGGACUUAUGCCAUUUAAAAACGACAACAAAAAAAAACGAUCUUUGGUACAUACUUGAAAAAGCGUUGCCACAUCGAAGAAUAAAUAUUUUGCCAACGGAUAUUUUUAAAUACUUUUGAAACAAGCCUCCCGUGUUCCAAACGAUUUUAGUUAAAACAUGCUACGUGCGAGUAUAUAAACGAAGACGCGUCUUUUCGUAGCUUAGUGCGACAGCGAACUCUUAACCAGCCGGCGAUCAAACUAACUCUCCUCCAAAGCACCGACCGAACAGCAAUUCCAGUUUUAGAUCGAGCGACAAUCCACUAAAAAUGGUCAAAGCUGGCCACAUAAUAUUUUUGACUCAGCUUUUGGUCAUUGCCGGCGGCGCAGAUCUGAGAACAGAUGACGAUUACGUUGACAAUGAAGUCAAGCCAGCCGAUUUGGCGCUUUCGUUUCCCAGGAUAUCUCGGAAAACCUCUGCAUUCAAUGGAAACAUUGAAAAAAUCGACGUAAAAUGCGAUACUUCGAAUGGCAUGAUAGUAGAAGUGGAAUUUUCAGAGAUAUUCAACGGAGUUAUAUACAGCCAAGGAUACUACAACGAUCCAAAAUGCAAAUAUGUGAACUCUGGCAGUAAUGAACGUCGCUUUGUAUUCAAAGUGCCCUUCGAUGGCUGUGGCAGCAAACCCUCCUGCUCGUUGUGUGCAUCUGUUGAUAAUUUUCUUAUCAUACAGAAUGACCAGGAUAUCCAGGAAAGUUGGGACACAGCACGCAAAAUCACAUGCAGUCGCAGCGAUGAACAGGAGAAAACCGUUUAUUUUCGUCCAUUUGUUGUCGAUAUGCUAGAAGUGAUUGAAGUGGAAACUCCAAGCGGUCCAGUUGAAUGCUGGAUGGAAAUAGGAACGGGACUCCCACCGAAUAUUAAACCAAUUAAUUACACUUUGAAGCUGGGCACGGAUAUAACAUUUACUAUUAAUGUGAAACAAUUAUAUCAGACUUGGGAUAUUAACAUUCUACAAUGUUAUGCUUCUGAUCAGCCAGAUUUUGAAGCAGGAACCACAAACAAAUUGCAGCUAUCCGAUAAAAAUGGAUGUUCGCUCAAGAAAAAAGUUUUCGGCGAGUGGAAAAAAUUGGAAUCACCUCCUGGUCAAACGUUAACAUACUACAAUACGCUUAAAGCUUUCAAGUUUCCCGAUCGAUCUCAAGUUUAUCUAAAAUGUGAUAUUGAGCUAUGCAAUGGAGCCUGCGAACGAUUACUUACUUGUGGUGAGGAUAUAACAGAACCUUGUUCGCCUAGCUCAAGCCAAAAUUGCGGACAAGAUUCUCAAAUUACAUCGAAGCCCCGUUGCUUGCCUGGUUCAACAGACUCCGAUUGUCAACCUGCAACUUACUUGCCUCCAACUACAGUUCGUCCACCAGUAACACCUACGAAGCCAAGGUGUUAUCCAGGCUCAGUCGAUCCUAGUUGUCCGCAGGAACCAAAGACGACUGCUUCGCCCAACUGCUAUCCUGGAUCAACUGAUCCUCGUUGUUCACAAGAGCCAAAGACCACAUCGAAGCCCCGUUGCUUGCCUGGUUCAACAGACCCCGAUUGUCAACCUGCAACUUACUUGCCUCCAACUACAGUUCGUCCACCUGUAACACCUACUAAGCCAAGGUGUUAUCCAGGCUCAACUGAUCCUCGCUGUCCACAACAGCCAAAGACGACUGCUUCUCCCAACUGCUAUCCCGGAUCAACUGAUCCUCGUUGUCCACAAGAGCCCAAGACCACAUCGAAACCCAGUUGCUUGCCUGGUUCAGCAGACCCCGAUUGUCAACCCGCAACUUACUUGCCUCCAACGACAGUUCGUCCACCAGUAACACCUACUAAGCCAAGGUGCUAUCCAGGCUCAACCGAUCCUCGCUGUCCACAACAGCCAAAGACGACUGCUUCGCCCAACUGCUAUCCUGGUUCAACUGAUCCUCGUUGUCCACAAGAGCCAAAAACCACACCGAAGCCCCGUUGCUUGCCUGGUUCAGCAGACCCCGAUUGUCAACCCGCAACUUACUUGCCUCCAACGACAGUUCGUACACCAGUAACACCUACUAAGCCAAGGUGCUAUCCAGGCUCAACCGAUCCUCGCUGUCCACAACAGCCAAAGACGACUGCUUCGCCCAACUGCUAUCCUGGAUCAACUGAUCCUCGUUGUCCACAAGAGCCAAAAACCACACCGAAGCCCCGUUGCUUGCCUGGUUCAGCAGACCCCGAUUGUCAACCCGCAACUUACUUGCCUCCAACGACAGUUCGUCCACCAGUAACACCUACUAAGCCAAGGUGUUAUCCAGGCUCAACCGAUCCUCGUUGUCCACAACAGCCAAAGACGACUGCUUCGCCCAGCUGCUAUCCUGGAUCAAGUGAUUCUCGUUGUCCGCAGGAACCAAAGACGACUGCUUCGCCCAACUGCUAUCCUGGUUCAACUGAUCCUCGUUGUCCACAAGAGCCAAAAACCACACCGAAGCCCCGUUGCUUGCCUGGUUCAGCAGACCCCGAUUGUCAACCCGCAACUUACUUGCCUCCAACGACAGUUCGUACACCAGUAACACCUACUAAGCCAAGGUGCUAUCCAGGCUCAACCGAUCCUCGCUGUCCACAACAGCCAAAGACGACUGCUUCGCCCAACUGCUAUCCUGGAUCAACUGAUCCUCGUUGUCCACAAGAGCCAAAAACCACACCGAAGCCCCGUUGCUUGCCUGGUUCAGCAGACCCCGAUUGUCAACCCGCAACUUACUUGCCUCCAACGACAGUUCGUCCACCAGUAACACCUACUAAGCCAAGGUGUUAUCCAGGCUCAACCGAUCCUCGUUGUCCACAACAGCCAAAGACGACUGCUUCGCCCAGCUGCUAUCCUGGAUCAAGUGAUUCUCGUUGUCCGCAGGAACCAAAGACGACUGCUUCGCCCAACUGCUAUCCUGGAUCAACUGAUCCUCGUUGCCCACAAGAGCCAAAGACCACACCGAAGCCCCGUUGCUUGCCUGGUUCAACAGACCCCGAUUGUCAACCCGCAACUUACUUGCCUCCAACUACAGUUCGUCCAUCAGUAACACCUACUAAGCCAAGGUGCUAUCCAGGCUCAACCGAUCCUCGCUGUCCACAACAGCCAAAGACGACUGCUUCGCCCAACUGCUAUCCUGGAUCAACUGAUCCUCGUUGCCCACAAGAGCCAAAAACCACAUCGAAGCCCCGUUGCUAUCCUGGAUCAACAGAUCCCGAUUGUCAACCUGCAACUUCCUUGCCUCCAACUACAGUUCGUCCACCAGUAACACCGACUAAGCCAAGGUGUUAUCCAGGCUCAACCGAUCCGCGCUGCCCAAAAGAGCCCUCUGUAACGCCCUCAGGUCCUUCAUGUUAUCCAGGUUCAAAGGAUCCAGAAUGCCUCAACUGUUUCCCUGGAUCACCAGAUCCAAGGUGCCCCAAAGUGGAAACUACUAAAAAGCCUGGAUGUUUUGACGGAUCAAGUGAUCCAAAAUGUCAACCAGCCACUUACCUUCCGCCAAUAAAAACGACGAGAGUUCCAGGCAAUCAGAAUACGCCACCAAAGCCCUCUUGCUAUCCAGGUUCAACCGAUCCCCGCUGUCCACAACAGCCAAAGACAACUGCUUCGCCCAACUGCUAUCCUGGAUCAACUGAUCCUCGCUGUCCACAACAGCCAAAGACGACUCCUUCGCCCAACUGCUAUCCUGGAUCAACUGAUCCUCGCUGUCCACAACAGCCAAAGACGACUGCUUCUCCCAACUGCUAUCCUGGAUCAAUUGAUCCUCGUUGUCCACAAGAGCCCAAGACCACACCGAAGCCCCGUUGCUUGCCUGGUUCAACAGAUCCCGAUUGUCAACCUGCAACUUACCUACCUCCAACUACAGUUCGUCCACCAGUAACACCGACUAAGCCAAGGUGUUAUCCAGGCUCAACCGAUCCUCGCUGUCCACAACAGCCAAAGACGACUGCUUCGCCCAACUGCUAUCCUGGAUCAACUGAUCCUCGUUGUCCGCAGGAACCAAAGACGACUGCUUCUCCCAACUGCUAUCCUGGAUCAACUGAUCCUCGUUGUCCACAAGAGCCCAAGACCACAUCGAAGCCCCGUUGCUAUCCUGGUUCAACAGAUCCCGAUUGUCAACCAGCCACUUACUUGCCUCCAACUACGGUUCGUCCACCAGUAACACCGACUAAGCCAAGGUGUUAUCCAGGCUCAACCGAUCCUCGCUGUCCACAACAGCCAAAGACGACUGCUUCGCCCAACUGCUAUCCUGGAUCAAGAGAUCCUCGUUGCCCCCAGGAACCCAAAACCACAUCGAAGCCCCGUUGCUAUCCUGGUUCAACAGAUCCCGAUUGUCAACCUGCAACUUACUUGCCUCCAACUACAGUUCGUCCACCAGUAACACCGACUAAGCCAAGGUGUUAUCCAGGCUCAACCGAUCCGCGCUGUCCAAAAGAGCCCACUGCAACGACCUCAGGUCCUUCAUGUUAUCCAGGAUCAAAGGAUCCAGAAUGUCUCAACUGUUUCCCUGGAUCACCAGAUCCAAGGUGCCCCAAAGUGGAAACUACUAAAAGGCCUGGAUGUUUUGACGGAUCAAGUGAUCCAAAAUGUCAACCAGCCACUUACCUUCCGCCAAUAAAAACGACGAGAGUUCCAGGCAAUCAGAAUACGCCACCAAAGCCCUCUUGCUAUCCAGGUUCAACCGAUCCCCGCUGUCCACAACAGCCAAAGACAACUGCUUCGCCCAACUGCUAUCCUGGAUCAACUGAUCCUCGUUGUCCACAAGAGCCCAAGACCACAACGAAGCCCCGUUGCUUGCCUGGCUCAACAGAUCCUGAUUGUCAACCUGCGACUUACCUACCUCCAACUACAGUUCGUCCACCAGUAACACCGACUAAGCCAAGGUGUUAUCCAGGCUCAACCGAUCCUCGCUGUCCACAACAGCCAAAGACGACUGCUUCGCCCAACUGCUAUCCUGGAUCAACUGAUCCUCGUUGUCCACAAGAGCCCAAGACAUCACCGAAGCCCCGUUGCUUGCCUGGUUCAACAGAUUUCGAUUGUCAACCAGCUACUUACUUGCCUCCAACUACAGUUCGUCCACCCGUAACACCUACUAAGCCAAGGUGCUAUCCAGGCUCAACCGAUCCUCGCUGUCCACAACAGCCAAAGACGACUGCUUCGCCCAACUGUUAUCGUGGAUCAACUGAUCCUCGUUGUCUACAAGAGUCCAAGACCACACCGAAGCCCCGUUGCUUGCCUGGUUCAACAGAUCCCGAUUGUCAACCAGCCACUUACUUGCCUCCAACUACAGUUCGUCCACCAGUAACACCUACUAAGCCAAGGUGUUAUCCAGGCUCAACCGAUCCUCGCUGUCCACAACAGCCAAAGACAACUGCUUCGCCCAACUGCUAUCCUGGAUCAACUGAUCCUCGUUGUCCACAAGAGCCCAAGACCACAUCGAAGCCCCGUUGCUAUCCUGGUUCAACAGAUCCCGAUUGUCAACCUGCAACUUACCUACCUCCAACUACAGUUCGUCCACCAGUAACACCGACUAAGCCAAGGUGUUAUCCAGGCUCAACCGAUCCUCGCUGUCCACAACAGCCAAAGUCAACUGCUUCGCCCAACUGCUAUCCUGGAGCAACUGAUCCUCGUUGUCCACAAGAGCCCAAGACCACAUCGAAGCCCCGUUGCUAUCCUGGUUCAACAGAUCCCGAUUGUCAACCUGCGACUUACCUACCUCCAACUACAGUUCGUCCACCAGCAACACCGACUAAGCCAAGGUGUUAUCCAGGCUCAACCGAUCCGCGCUGUCCACAACAGCCAAAGACGACUGCUUCGCCCAACUGCUAUCCUGGAUCAAGUGAUCCUCGUUGUCCACAAGAGCCCAAGACCACAUCGAAGCCCCGUUGCUAUCCUGGUUCAACAGAUCCCGAUUGUCAACCUGCAACUUACCUACCUCCAACUACAGUUCGUCCACCAGUAACACCGACUAAGCCAAGGUGUUAUCCAGGCUCAACCGAUCCUCGCUGUCCACAACAGCCAAAGUCAACUGCUUCGCCCAACUGCUAUCCUGGAGCAACUGAUCCUCGUUGUCCACAAGAGCCCAAGACCACAUCGAAGCCCCGUUGCUAUCCUGGUUCAACAGAUCCCGAUUGUCAACCUGCGACUUACCUACCUCCAACUACAGUUCGUCCACCAGCAACACCGACUAAGCCAAGGUGUUAUCCAGGCUCAACCGAUCCGCGCUGUCCACAACAGCCAAAGACGACUGCUUCGCCCAACUGCUAUCCUGGAUCAAGUGAUCCUCGUUGUCCACAAGAGCCCAAGACCACAUCGAAGCCCCGUUGCUAUCCUGGUUCAACAGAUCCCGAUUGUCAACCUGCAACUUACCUACCUCCAACUACAGUUCGUCCACCAGUAACACCGACUAAGCCAAGGUGUUAUCCAGGCUCAACCGAUCCUCGCUGUCCACAACAGCCUAAGACGACUGCUUCGCCCAACUGUUAUCCUGGAUCGAGUGAUCCUCGCUGUCCACAACAGCCAAAGUCAACUGCUUCGCCCAACUGCUAUCCUGGAGCAACUGAUCCUCGUUGUCCACAAGAGCCCAAGACCACAUCGAAGCCCCGUUGCUAUCCUGGUUCAACAGAUCCCGAUUGUCAACCUGCGACUUACCUACCUCCAACUACAGUUCGUCCACCAGUAACACCUACUAAACCAAGGUGUUAUCCAGGCUCAACCGAUCCUCGCUGUCCACAACAGCCAAAGACAACUGCUUCGCCCAACUGCUAUCCUGGAUCAACUGAUCCUCGUUGUCCACAAGAGCCCAAGACCACAUCGAAGCCCCGUUGCUAUCCUGGUUCAACAGAUCCCGAUUGUCAACCUGCAACUUACUUGCCUCCAACUACAGUUCGUCCACCAGUAACACCGACUAAGCCAAGAUGUUAUCCAGGCUCAACCGAUCCGCGCUGUCCAAAAGAGCCCUCUGUAACGACCUCAGGUCCUUCAUGUUAUCCGGGUUCAAAGGAUCCAGAAUGUCUCAACUGUUUCCCUGGAUCACCAGAUCCAAGGUGCCCCAAAGUGGAAACUACUAAAAAGCCUGGAUGUUUUGACGGAUCAAGUGAUCCAAAAUGUCAACCAGCCACUUACCUUCCGCCAAUAAAAACGACGAGAGUUCCAGGCAAUCAGAAUACGCCACCAAAGCCCUCUUGCUAUCCAGGUUCAACCGAUCCCCGCUGUCCACAACAGCCAAAGACAACUGCUUCGCCCAACUGCUAUCCUGGAUCAACUGAUCCUCGCUGUCCACAACAGCCAAAGACGACUGCCUUGCCCAACUGCUAUCCUGGAUCAACUGAUCCUCGUUGUCCACAAGAGCCCAAGACCACACCGAAGCCCCGUUGCUUGCCUGGUUCAACAGAUCCCGAUUGUCAACCUGCAACUUACCUACCUCCAACUACAGUUCGUCCACCAGUAACACCGACUAAGCCAAGGUGUUAUCCAGGCUCAACCGAUCCUCGCUGUCCACAACAGCCAAAGACGACUGCUUCGCCCAACUGCUAUCCUGGAUCAACCGAUCCUCGCUGUCCACAACAGCCAAAGACGACUGCCUUGCCCAACUGCUAUCCUGGAUCAACUGAUCCUCGUUGUCCACAAGAGCCCAAGACCACAUCGAAGCCCCGUUGCUAUCCUGGUUCAACAGAUCCCGAUUGUCAACCAGCCACUUACUUGCCUCCAACUACGGUUCGUCCACCAGUAACACCGACUAAGCCAAGGUGUUAUCCAGGCUCAACCGAUCCUCGCUGUCCACAACAGCCAAAGACGACUGCUUCGCCCAACUGCUAUCCUGGAUCAACUGAUCCUCGUUGUCCACAAGAGCCCAAGACAACACCGAAGCCCCGUUGCUUGCCUGGUUCAACAGAUCCCGAUUGUCAACCCGCAACUUACUUGCCUCCAACUACAGUUCGCCCACCAGUAACACCUACUAAGCCAAGGUGUUAUCCAGGCUCAACCGAUCCGCGCUGUCCACAACAGCCAAAGACGACUGCUUCUCCUAACUGUUAUCCUGGAUCUACUGAUAUUCGUUGCUCACAAAGUUUAGUGACUUCCACUUUAUCGCCCGACACGACUCCUGUUUACUGUUUCCCUGGCUCUGUAGACCCCCGUUGUCCUGACACUUAUAAGGGUUCGACGCCCAUACCAGCAACGUAUUUGCCACCGCUGAGCAAUCCAGGCUAUGACAGGACAGUUAGAGACGCGAAAAGUAAAUUUUUUAAUGAGAUCAACAAACUUGCAAUUACGAACAAUAAUGUUUUUGAGUUAGACGAAGAUGAGGAUGAUGAGCCCACGCGAAUUAAACGCGAUACUGUAAGCGGUAGGGAUAUAAAUCCAAUAACAUCCGCAGAGCACAGUGAAGAUCUUUUAUCGAGGAAAAUUAUGAAGCGCGAAUUUUCCGAUCGACAACCAGAUAGGGAAGUAAUUUCCUUUACACUUGGCAUCCGGACCGCCAUCAAAGUUAAUUAGCCAGUGUGGUAAAGUGCCAAAAAGUAGCUCUCUCGCACUUAAAUAGUUUAUCGCGUAAGCAUGUAUUAUGACAACAUAUUUAUAUCUUACUAUUAAUUUUAAUCAUUCAAAUAUACUCGAUUGUUAGUUGUAGUACUUGUAAGCUAUCUCAGCGCGUAACGCAUGAUUUAUGUAAAUGAAUACUUUUAACUCAAACAAUAAAACAUGUAAGAAUUCGA